AUGAGCCUACCAACCGACCUUGCUUACAGGAAACGUGAUAUCGUCUCUUUAAAGAGCACUCAUCAUCCUUUAUCACGUUCGAAGUCCUCAGAGCUUGCAGCUAUGGCGAACAAUCCCUCUCUGAGUGAGAAAAGGGCUAUGACUAAGGAGGAGCGUUUUCCCGAGCUAUUCGUCAAUACCAACAUCGACCGGCGCAUAUGCCGGAGAGUGGUCCCGCUUAAGGUUAUUGUUGUUGGCAUGCCACGGACUGGAACCCAAUCAAUACGCGUUGCCCUCAAGCAGCCCGGUUUCAAUGAUACAUACCAUAUGGACUGCCUCUUCGAAAAUCCUCCAGACAUCGACCUCUGGCGUCAAGCCUUCCUCGCCAAGUUCAAAAGCCAGGGCGAACCUUUCGGGAAAGAGCAAUGA